CUCGUUCCUCAAAACCCUCGCUUGCUAUUAUUCUUCGCGGUGCAGCAUACAACCUCACAAGAAGAAGAAGAGCCAGCCGCCUUUCUCCAGUAGCUAAGAAGUUCGAGCUCAAGUCUCAAACAUUUGAGCUAGAUUAAUCGCUUAACUAGCAGAAAGAGAAAUCAUCUGCGCAAAAAUUAGCCUUAUGGUAUCACUUUAACGAGGAGGUUCAGGAGAUGGAGGAUGUUAAUUUCAGUGAUUCUGAGCUAGUUUAUCAUGUCAGGGAUGCUUUUGUUUCCGUCCAAUUGGACCACUGGAUCAUACUACAACUGUUGGUUUCAUCAGAAAAAGAUCUCCCAGUUUCUCUGUGCUACUGUGGAUGGAGUACAUUAUAACUCUGCUGCCACUUGCUUGGGUGAUUGGGAACUUUGUUGCUUUCUCUACCUCCUAGAUUUUGAGGCUGGUUGGAUUGUAGUGAGAGAUGGAAAGAAAAUGGCCAGAGCAGAACAUGAGGACCUGUGUACUUGUGACGAAGGUAUAUACAAUUACUACUUUUUAGCUUUUGAUUCUUCAUGUACUUGUUGAAUCUUAAGUUAAAGGUUAGGUUGUGUCAUCAAAGAUGAACAGCUUGAACAUGUCGGAAAUCUUGAGUUAAAAA